CAGCCCUACACCGCGCGCACUGGUAGAACAAGUUUUCUGUUUCCUUGUAAAAGCGACUCACGCAAGCUAGUCUUGUGUUUAAAUACUACUCUCUCUUUUAUUCUGUCUCAUAUCACGUUCCGCGAUGAUUUCCCUACUAUUUGUGGCUGUCGCACUCCUUCCAUUCACUCUCGCUGCUCCCCAGCCAGAUGCAGGUGUUAUUCAUGUCCCAAUCGUCAGACGUAGUCAAGCAAACAGAGUCGCAAACUUGCCGAAAGCCGUGAAAGCACUGCGGGCAAAAUAUGGUUAUCAGCCAACAAAUGCCCCAAAUUCGAAGCGAGCAAACACUGCUACAAUUCCGAUCACUGAUGAGCUAAACGACUCCAGUUACUCAGGUGUUGUGAGCAUUGGGACUCCGGCACAGGAUUUCAAUCUUAUUCUCGACACCGGUUCUUCCGACCUUUGGGUUGCAACAUCCUCAUGUAGCUCUUGCGCGUCAACUGAGUUUACUACCACAAAAUCCUCGACGUACCAGUCAUCAGGCUCUUCCCUGCAAAUUACUUAUGGCUCAGGAUCGGUCAAAGGGACUCCCUCCCAAGACACUGUCAGCUUCGGUGGCUUCACCAUCACCCAGCAAGAACUCCUGGCUGCUUCUUCACUUACAUCCGGCUUGCUCGAUAGUGUCCUCUCAGGUAUCAUGGGUCUCGGGUUCAACACUAUUUCUGCCCUCAAUGCCACCCCAUUUUGGCAAGCCCUCUAUAAUGCCAACCAGCUCUCAGAACCCUUGUUCUCUUUCUACCUUGAACGCUAUAUCAACCAAGCCGCUAUGGACACUGCCCCGGGCGGCACCCUCACUCUCGGUGGAACAAACUCGAGUUUGUACCAGGGCUCUAUCGAGUACAUGAGCCUAGCUGGUUCGCCAUCGUAUUGGCUGCUCGAUGUUAACACGCUCUCUGUGCAAAGCAAAACAGUCAGUGUCGGAUCCAGUACUCUUGCUGCCAUCGACACAGGCACUACCCUCAUCGCCGCACCCAACACCGUUGCCGCAGAUGUUUGGGCCCAAGUUACAGGCUCCAUGGCGCUUACGGGAGAAUACGAAGGCCUAUACGCAUUCCCUUGUACCACUGAUGUCACAGUCACCAUAUCUUUUGGCGGUUCCGCCUGGACGAUCAACCCUGCCGACAUGAACAUCGGCCCUGUAGACAGUUCCGUCUCGGGUUCUACGACUGAGAUGUGUGCUGGUGGUAUCUUUGACAUCGGCAACAGCGUUGGCAGUGGUUCUAACGUCCCCACCUGGAUCGUCGGUGACACGUUCCUCAAGAACGUGUACUCCGUCUUCCGUGCGAACCCCGCUGCCGUCGGUUUUGCACAGCUUACCAAUGGCGCGAGCCCUUCAACGAGCGGUACUUCCUCGCAAGUGUCUUCGACAGCUACCUCAUCAAGCAACCCCCUCCUCGGCUCUGCAUCUACUAAUACGAAUAUUGCUGUCACACUCACCCUCCUUGCAUCUGUGACAGCCUGCUUCACCCUCUUACUCUAAAGAAAGAGAUUAUAUAUACCACACAGUAUUACCCACGCCUAUUAUUGUGAUACCAUACAGAGUCUGCUUACCCAACUCGGAUACUCGUGCACAUUCGUAUACUUACUUACUUAGGGUCUGACGUCGCUCGUUGUUUGGAUAUUUAACGCUACACUUUCACGUCCGUUCUUUUCUUUAGGUUUUCUUCAGGUAAGCUGUAGUUAUCAUGGUUGAUUCUUGCGGUAUAGAUACUUACUGGGUGGGUUGUAUGUAUUGUAUGACAUUUGCAGUCGCUGGACAUCGACGGUCAAGGGAUUUUAUCCGCUUCUACCAGCUCAGGGUUCAUGAUAAGAAACUUACACGUAUCGCGG